CGCGAAGUCAGUCGCGGUCCGAGCGGCCGAGCCGGCAGUCCCGCCCUCGGUGCUUUCGCGCGUUCGCUCAGUCUCCGUUCGACGUUCGGACGGUGAGGUGUGCCAGCGCGUGCGCGCACCGGUUACUGUGGCGUACUGCGAGGUGAUCAUGGACGCGCCCGGCGGAGCGCGGGAGCCCCGCUUCGGGUCGCCGUACAACAUGGGCCUGUUGGGAGAGAUGCCGGACAUGUACGGCGCGGGGCGAGCCGGCGCGCUGGGUGCGGGCGCCGGCCCGCUGCGGCCGGGCAUGCAGCCGUGUCCCAUGCCGCGACAGGCGGUCAAGCGGCCCUCCGACCAGUGCUACGACGAGCGGCCCUCGCAGAGCGUGGCCUUGGACCACUGCCCCAUGCCUGACAUCGCCGACGACGGCUAUGCUUCGUUGCAGCCCAAGAAGUCGCCCCCCUCAAACGGCAAGAAGACCAAGGGUCGCGUCAAGAUCAAAAUGGAGUACAUAGACAACAAGCUGCGCCGGUACACCACCUUCUCCAAGAGGAAGACCGGCAUUAUGAAGAAGGCAUACGAGCUGUCGACGCUAACGGGCACACAAGUGAUGUUACUGGUCGCGUCGGAGACGGGCCACGUGUACACGUUCGCCACGAGGAAACUGCAGCCGAUGAUCACGUCUGACUCGGGCAAGCGGCUCAUCCAGACCUGCCUCAACUCGCCCGACCCGCCCACCACGAGCGAGCAGCGCAUGGCGGCCACCGGCUUCGAGGAAACCGAGCUCACUUAUAACGUAGUAGACGAGGAUAUGAAGAAACUGGAAUCGACGUUGCUAGCUAAAAGGAGAAAGGACGAGCCAGCGUCAUCAGGCGACAGCGGGGACGAGAGCGGCAGCGAGCCCGAGUCCCCUAGCGAAAAACUCAUGCAAGUCCACAAGCAGGAGUGGGCCUGCAACGACGACAGAGGAGAAGCUAAGAGAGAAGUCCAACCAGAUCCGGCGGCGUCCACCUCCGCGACCACCCAAGAAGCCGACAGCAGUAAGCCAGGCCAGCCGGCCAUGCCGAAGCUCUUGUCCAAACUCGGCUUGCCCGGAGGAGCUAUGCUGUACCACUCCGGAAUGCUCGCCGGGCUGGACGGCAUCGGGAAUAAUCUAGGAAUGGGCAACCUGGCGAUGGGAUAUCCACACAGCUUUAUACUGGGACUUGCUAAUCAGGGGCAGGAAGGUGCUUCAUCAUCAACCCAGCCCCAGUUCAUCACCAUCCCGCUGACGAUGGCAAUGGCCGCGGGGGGUCAGGGUCCCGCAGCAAACGGGUGUCCCGUCAGCGCGUCCAGUGACGACAGCAGUGAGCUCCAGGACCUCAGCACUGGGAGAAAGUGACCUUUGAACUCAUGAAACCGUGUGAAGGCUGCGAAAUUAAUCAUAUCUUAUGAUCAUUUAUAACUCUUAUAAUUUACGUACCAAAGUUACUCUCAAUUGAUAAACGCGUACUAUUAACGACGUACAACGUAGAUAUAAACGUAUGGACGUAAAGACGGAGUCAUGAUACUAGCGAGUAGCGAGUGAUUUUUAUGUUGGAGAUAAAUGGCGGAAACAUAUGCGUAAUUUAGAAAAUUUUGUAUUAUGGUUGUCAAAUUAAUUUAAUAAAAGUAAAUUAAAUAAUUAAGCGAAUGGGAAAUAAUGGCCAGUAUUGCCAAAAGUAAUUAAAAUGCAAUUAUAUAAAAGCAAAAGCUCUUAUCGCACUACGACAAUAAUAGGUAGAUAAUGUUUUAUUUCAUAAUAUUUGUAUAAAAGUUAAAAAAAAUCACUCGCUACUUAAAUAUUGAUUUCCUAAAGAUAUUUAAUAAACUGUUAUCACCUUACAUUGUUAGACUCAGUAUAGUUCAUACAACAUUAUGCUUUAUGCUUGCCGAGUAAGUUUGUAAUUCGUUAGUAAAUUACAUUUCACUAUGCUAGCGAGAGAAAUACUAAAUUUGUAAAAAGCGGUAUUCUUAUUUAUUAUAUAUGUAAGUAGACGUUAUUGUUUGUAUCGAAAAUAACAAUAUAUAGCGUAUUUUUGUACGAAACAAAUUAAUAUUCACCAGUGAGCUGUUAUUGCUUAGUUUUUAGAUUGUAAUAUCAAUUAAACACUUGUUUUAAGUGCAUUUUAUGUUACAGGUUCCCUUUUUUUCUAGAUUACGUUCACCUAAGGUAAUAUUUCAUUUUUAGUUUUAAUUAUCUACCUUAUCAUGUGUGGUGUAAGAAACGGAUUUACGCGGUUGGUUGAAUGUUGUCACUGAUCUUUCUCGAAGGUUCUCCCAUAGAUAAUUUAUGUAGAUGUGUCUUUUAUCAGUUUGUAAUGAAAGUUAUCGCGAAUUGAGAUAAUGGCCAAACAUAUCCCAAGACAAACGUGAAGGAACGUUAGAAAUCAUAUCAAUAAGAAACAUCCCUGUACUUAACGUCAACAGCCUUCGAAAAAGAGUAUCAACAACAUAAUCGCUCCGCUCGUGCGCUCCCGCUGCCCGCUGCCAGCAUGACCGCACCCUUACGCCACACUCGGACGUUACGACAACGCAUUUAUUGUCUCUAUUGUCAGUAUUUCGUUAUCUUAGUACAUUUCCUAGCGUUCGAACAUGUGUAACAUUAUGUUUUUGUCUUACUAUAAUAAAAUGUUCCUUUUUCGUUUAAUUUCUUUUUCAUAAUAAAAUUAUAAUAAAUA